AUGGGUCAAGAGUAAUCAAAAUUAUUCAAGCGUCAUGCUUGUACUUUACAUUACAAAUACGAUGAUCAUGUAAAUUGUAAUAGUUAUCGAUAGGAUAUUGAAUUGAAGUUUGAUCCUAAACAAAAAGUGGGAUAUUAAAAGCCCUUGCGUAUUUAAGAACUUAUGCAAAUAAAUCCAGCAUUACGUGAUUUGGAUUAAGGUAAAAUUUAAUAAAUCUAUAUUAGAUAUAUUAAUAUAACUGCAAUAUUUGCAUGAGCAAGCUCUCAAAUCAAUAAUUUUUGAUUCUUUAAAGAAAUGUGAUGAUAUAAUAUUAUUGUACUAAGCUGCAAAAUUUAUAGUUAAUUGCACACCAAGUGAAUGUUUAGAUCUAAUUAAUACUUACAACAUAAUUACGAUAAUAACUUAAGAAUAACAAAAAGACUUAGAUAAAUAAAUAUUAAUAAUAAUCAUAAUUCACAAUAUUAUUGGUAAACUGCCUUCAAUAUCAUUGGAAUAAUAGCACAUAUCUUGGUUGUUUAGACAUAUGAAUCCAUACAAUGCUUUUAAUGUCACAUUAAUUUUAUAGAUAUUAGCUGAUAUAUGUGUUAAUUAAGAUAAAUGUAUUGAGAAUAUAAUAGAAAUUCUAAAAUUACUAAGAGAUGAAGCAAAGUGGAGAUUUGCCACAGAACCUAUAUUUAAAAUAAUGGAGGUGUAAUAAAAUCUAUAUCUUAUACGAGAUGCUUGUACAUUUAUAAAUGCUUUGGCAGAGACACAUUCAGAUGAUGAAAUGUGUGAAUUAAUUAAAUAAUAGAUAGAAUAAUAUGGUUUGACAGUAAUAUAUGAUGAUGUUAAACUAAAAUUAAAAAAUUAGGAAUAUUAAAUAGCAAAUUGUUCAUAUGAUUACGCAAUGCAAUUUUUGUAUGAUUAAAAGUAUACUCCACAUCAUAGUCAGUUAGAGAAUUAUUAUUUUAAUAAUCUUUAUGAUUUUGAUCCCAAAAAGCCUUUGAUAUUUAAAUAUGGAUAUUUGGAUGAUAAUUUUAAUGUUGAUCCAGAGUAUUUUGAGAUUUAAAAGAAUUAACUUUAAGUUUAAUUAGAUGUUUAUGAUUAAUUAAUAUAGCCAGCUUUUAAUCCAAGAUAAACAAUUUUAGAAAGAUAGAAUCCAUUAUUUACAUCAACAAUAACUAAAAAAAAGAGUGGAGAAGGAUUAGUUGGUGCUUUGAAAGGAUUAUGGUAGAGUAGAGGAAAUGAGUCAACAAAUUAAUAAAUGAUAUUAAAUGCUAUGAAAAAAGCUAAUUCUUUACCUGAUAUAUAGGAAUUACUUAUUAAAUUGAAUGAUGAGUCUUCUGGAGUAAGUAUUUUAUCUAGAUUAAUUGAUUUAUUAACAAAAAAAUUGGAUUAGAUAAUGGCAGAUUAAAAGAAAAGAGAUUAAAUGCGUAAAGAGAGAGAAGAUGGAUAUAAAUAAUAAAUUGUAAAAUAAUAAAAUAUAAAUUUUAGACUUAUUUAUAAUUGGAAAUUAAAUAGAGAAGUUCUUAGGAAAGUUAAAGAGAUUUUAAAAAUUUAAAUGAGAAACUAAACCUUUUAAUAGAAGACAACAAAAAAUUACAAGAAUAAAGUUAAUAAUACUCUUAACUCAAAAAUAAAUUUUAAGAUAUGAAUAAUUAACUUUUAGAAGCUUAAAAAGUGAUGGCAAAAGCACAAUAAGUAGCUGAAUUAGAAGCAAAAUUAGAAGAAUAUACUAAUGAAAUAAAUAGAUUAAAAACAACUCAUACUCAACCUUAAUUAUGUAAAAUAUAACCACCAGAUGGAGGAUCAGAACCACCACCAAAUCCUUCUGAAAAUAUUACAAUAAUUAAGUCUGUUCCUUAAUAAACAGCUCCACCUCCACCACCUCCUCCUCCUCCUCCUCCAUCUAAUAAAUCUACUAAUAAUUCAGCUCUUCCACCACCACCUCCACCUCCUCCACCACCACCACCACCAGGUAAUAAAACUGGACUACCACCUCCUCCACCACCUCCACCUCCUCCUGGUGGUAAAACUGGAGCACCACCACCUCCCCCUCCACCACCUCCUCCUGGAGCUAAAUCUGGUGGACCUCCUCCUCCACCACCUCCUCCAGGUGGAAAAGCUCCUCCUUUACCUAAUGCUAAACCUCCUGUUCCGACAAAACCUAAAUGUUAACCAUCAGUUCCAUUAAAAGGAUUAAGUUGGAAUAUUUUAAAACCUGAUUAAAUUGGAAAUUCUGUUUUUCAAGGUAUGAAUGAAACUGAAAUCAAAUUCGAUGUUAAAUCUAUUGAAGAAAAAUUUGCAUCAAAACCAGCUAAACAAAUUUAAUAAAGUAUUGGAUAAAGUGAUAAAAAAAAAGAAAUUUAAAAAAUAAGUUUAUUAAGUGGAGAAAGAACUAAGAAUAUUGAGUUAAUUUUAGGUAAAUUAAGAAUGAGUAAUGAAAAAAUAAAGAAUGCUUUAUUAGAAUGUGAUAAAUCAAUAUUAAAUCUUAAUGUAAUAGAAUCUCUAUUAAAUGUUGUUCCAACUGAUUAAGAAAGAUCUUUAUAUGCUAAUCCAGAAGAAUUAGAUAAAGAGACCUUAUAAAUAGCAGAUCUAUUUUACUUAGAAUUAUGUUAAGUCCCAGGAAAUGGAGAUAGAAUGUAAGCUAUUAAGGCUGAAUUUGUAGGAAUGGAUAUGUGUAAAGAAUGUAGAGGAAAAUUAAAACAAUUAAAAAAAGGAUUUGAAUUCUAAAAAAAUGAUUAAGCAUUUAAAUUAUUAAUAAAAUGCACUUUAGCUAUUGGUAAUUAUGUGAAUGGAGAUUCUGCAAGAGGAGGAGCUUUUGGAUUUAAAAUAGAUGCAAUAACUAAAGCUGCAGAUAUUAAAAGUGCUGAUGGAAAAGAAACAUUAUUAAUGAGUAUAGUUUUAGAAUGUGAAUAAAUAUAUGAAAAAGAGGGAAAAGGAUCAUUCUUUUCAAAUGAUCGUAUGGAUCUUCUUGAUUUUAUGUCUAAAUUACCUAUCUCUUAGAUGAAUAUUGAUAUUAAUGAAAUUAAGAAAAUAUAAAAGUUUGUCUAAAAUGCAAUAAAAAGUUAAUCUAAGCAUCCAAAUGAUAAAGUUAGUAGAUUUGAAGACUUUUCAUAAUAACUUUUAUUAGAAAUUACAGAUUUAUCUUAACAGUUAGCCACAUGUGAGUAAUUGUAUAGUGAUCUCUGUAUUUUUUACUGUGAGAAUCCAAAAACGUUAUAGAGUGAUGUAUUUUUCUAAUCUAUUCAAUAAGUUUGGAAUAAUUGCAUAAGAGUAAUUUAAUUUUCUUAUAAUAGUCUAAAUAACAAAUAGAAAAGAUAUAAUAGAUGAAAAUCAAAGAAGAAUAAAGAAAUAAAUUAGAAAUACAAAAGAAACAGUAAUAAUCAAAUAAUAAUCAAUAAAAUAUGCAUGAAUCAUUACCGAGAAGAGUUGGUGCUCUACAAUAGCUACAACAAUCUUUACCAAGUGAUGCAGUUAAUUAAUUAAGAAUGAUGAAAUUAAACAAGAAUGAAAAUAGCUGA